AUGUCAGCAUUUCUGGAUGCCAAAAGCGAGGGGACUGUCCGUGUCAUCGGUUGCUCAACGCACCUCUUCACUGGACCUGUGAUGGAUGCCGUCAUCGAUCACCCUGAGAUUCAGGUCAUCUUGGCGACGGCAAACAAGGAGGGCAGAAUGUUGGAGGGCGGUCCGUUAGAUCAGCAUCUUGAGUACCUCCGGCGAGCUUAUGACCUCGGCAAAGGGUUGAGUAUUAUGAAGGUCAUCGCAGCAGGAGGCAUUCCUGAAUCAGAACUUGAAGAUUGGAUCCGCUGGGGAUUUGAACUGGAGAUCGCACACGGCAUCAAUCUCGGCAUGUCCAACCGGUCAGAAAUUGAUUUCGAUGUACGGAUCGCGCGUGAACAUGCGAGGCAACGCCUGCGUAAGGUUGCGUGA